CACAAAUUGGGGACUGUCAGUCACUGCCAAAAGAGACUAGUUGCUCUGAAAAUCAUGUACUUUGGCCAGAGAUUCUAUGGCUUUGCUUCGGAAGCCCAAACUGAACCAACGGUUGAGUCUGAGGUAUUUAAAGCACUUGAAAGAGCAAGACUGCUGGUCAACAAUAGGAAAGAAUCUUGCUAUUCUAGGUGUGGAAGAACUGACAAAGGAGUUUCUGCUACUGGACAGGUAAUUUCCUUAUAUUUGCGAUCGAACAUGAAAGAUGCAGGAGGCAAUGCAUUUGAUGAAAGAUAUGAGAUUGAUUAUGUUGGAGUAUUGAACAAAACCCUUCCACGAGAUAUACGUGUAAUAGGUUGGUGUCCUGUUGCAGCAGACUUUCUUGCAAGAUUCUCCUGCUUGGGCAGGGAAUAUAAGUACCUGUUUUGGAAGGGGAGCUUGGAUAUACUGAAGAUGCAGAAUGCCGCAUCUAAAUUCAUCGGGGAGCAUGACUUCAGGAAUUUCUGUAAGAUGGAUGCCACAAACGUGAGUAACUACAAGCGACGCAUUACAGAUUUUGAUAUUUUUGCCUGUGACCAAAGGUCGAACGAUGAUGAGCUCUGGGCCAUGACCAUCAAGGGUAGUGCCUUUCUGUGGCAUCAAGUUCGCUGCAUGGUAGCUGUUCUAUUUCUUAUAGGUCAAGGCCUUGAAUCACCAUUUGUAGUUGAUUCGCUCCUGGAUAUUACAAAGACUCCUAGAAAACCUCAGUAUACAAUGGCACCAGAGCUUCCAUUGAUUCUACGAUCUUGCCUAUUUGAUAAUGUCAGCUUUAUGUGCUCAUCAGAUACCAGGCAGGCAUUGAUUGAACACUUCAAGGAUGAAUACCAUCAGUAUAUGCUCCAAGCUGCCAUAUAUUAUGAGUCCUUGUCCUGUUUAUCUUCUCCAGCUUCAUAUGAGGAGCGCACAUCAAAAGUCAAAGCAAAAGCAGCAUUGCUUAAAUGA